GGCGGUGGCAGGGGAAGCGAGCAGGGCAGCGAGGCGGCGGCGCGGCGCGGCCCCCGGGGAUGGGGCGCGGAUGAGUUGCUGCUGCUGCUCUCCAGCCUGUCGGCACUCGACGCGCCCCCAGACGCCCUCCGCGCUGCAGCGCCGCUGCGCCGCGCCGCCCGCGCGUUGCUCCCGCGCCUAGGCCCCGGCGCCCUGGCGCGGCUGCUCGCGGCCGCCGCGGCGCUGCGGUGGGCGCCGGCGGGGCCGACGAUGCACGUCGCGUCGCUGCAGCUCUGGCGGUGCAUGCGGCGCCUGAAACCGGGAGAGCUCGCCGCGGCGGGCGGCGCGGCUGCGCGGCUGGGACUGCGGCUGGGGCGGCAGUGGAGCUCCCGUUUUCUGGCGUGCACCCGCGCGCUCGCGCGGCGCCGCGCCGCGGUCAGCGCGCGGCACCAGGGGGAACUGCAGUGGGCGGCGCAGUAUGCGUGGCGCUGCGCGGGCGGCGGCCGGCGGCGCGGCGGAUCGGCGGGUGCGUGCGCGGGGCUGCCGGCGGCGUCGGGGCUCGCCACGCGGCUGCAGCGGGCGCAGGCGCUGCGGCGGCGGCAGGCACAGCGGCAACAGGCCUGGCGGCGUCCCGCGGGCGCCGCGGCGGCUGUGAAGGGGCCGCUUCGCCUUGGGGCUGCAACUUGUCCCCGCCGCCCGAGUUUGAUAGUGCGGGGCUUGUCACGGCCGCUGGGCUUCCUCGCUUGGGCGUACCGCAGGCGGUUGGCGGCCGCGCGCCACAGGCGUUUUGCCGCCGUGGCAGCUGCGCCUCAAUCUGUGUGA